AUGCCUUUCAACACAAAAUUAACCAGAGCGUUAGGAAUCAAAAUUCCCAUCGUCCAAGGUGGCAUGCAAUGGGUAGGAUACGCCGAACUCGCCUCAGCAGUGAGCAACGCCGGCGGCCUGGGAAUCCUCACUGCCCUCACGCAACCCACGCCCGAGGACCUGCGAAAGGAGAUCCGGAAAUGCAAGACGAUGACCAAGAACCCAUUCGGCGUGAACAUCACGCUCCUGCCCUCGAUGAACGCCCCGGACUAUGGAGCAUACGCACAAGUCGCCAUCGAUGAGGGCAUCAAGGUCGUGGAGACGGCGGGGAAUAGUCCCGGUCCGGUCAUCAAGAAAUUGAAGGCGGCGGGGAUUAUUAUUUUGCAUAAAUGUACCACGAUUCGACAUGCUCAGAGUGCUAUCAAGCUUGGUGUGGAUUUCUUGAGUAUCGAUGGCUUUGAAUGCGCAGGACACGUUGGAGAGACGGAUAUCACGAACUUCAUUCUCCUCAGUCGAGCGAGACAAUCGCUUGAUGUGCCGUUCAUUGCUUCGGGCGGGUUUGCAGAUGGUCAGGGGCUGGCUGCUGCUUUGAGUUUGGGUGCGGAGGGGAUCAAUAUGGGGACUCGGUUUAUGUGUACGGUUGAGGCGCCGAUUCAUGAGAAUAUCAAGAAGCAGAUUGUCGAGGCGCAGGAAACGGAUACGGAGCUUGUGCUAAGGAGGUGGAAGAAUACGAGCCGGUUGUAUAAGAAUAAGGUUACUGAGGCUGCGACGAAGAUUGAGAGGGAGAGUACAACGGGGAAGUUUGAGGAAGUUGCGCCGUAUGUGAGUGGGAAGAGGGGACGGGAAGUUUUUAUUAAUGGGGAUCCUGAUUAUGGAGUCUGGACUGCUGGUCAAGUCAUUGGACUUAUUCAUGAUAUCCCAACGUGUGAUGAGCUCGUCAAGAGAAUUGAGCGAGAGGCAGAAGAGACUUUGAGUAAAGCAUCAGCGCUCAUUGUUCCUGCUAGUAAGCUCUAG